UGCGUUAUCAAAAAAUGGUCACAGAUGAAAUUACAUCGAGCAUCAAUUUUUGAUAGGCUAUAAUUAUCGAAUCGAUAAUGAAAAUCAAUCAUGUUCUUUAAUCGAACUCAUUGAUUUCAUCGCAUCGUCGUUCAAACGGAAUAACUCGCGUCAAAACUUCGUCGUCGAUAUAAUUUCACGCUUCACAAUUAUUACGCGAGUUGGACAUUGAAAGAUCGUAUUGUUGCCAUCUAUUCUUAUGUAACACCGAAACAACGCAUAUCGAGAAAUAGAAUAAAAAUGAAAACGUUUCUAUGGAUCAGCUAUAUUCUACAUGGAAUGCAACUGAGAAUAUAUAAAAGACAGUUCUAUCGUUUCGAUAUAAGAAAAUUUAUUGAUCGUAAAUUAGAAGGUAAUGACGAAAAUGGAAAGUCCCGGCUCGGCAUUGUUCGACAAACAAAACGAUCCCACCGAUGAUAUAAUCGAUGAUAAACCCUAAUUCCUCGUUGGUUUAAUUAGAUCGAAAAGAGAUUCGAUUUUUAAACAAUGCAUCCAAAAAGAAAAUAUAACGUCGUUCCCGAUCGGACGUCUAUCUCUACGUACGAAAAAAUGAACGAAUGAAUUCGAAUCGAUCAGAUUUAUCACUGCCGAGAUCAUUUUUAUUAUUUCGAAUUUAAUCUCCCGAAGAUCCGAGUCAACGUUUAUCUCUCGAGACUUUGUUCGAGAGUUCAUCUGCAAGAAAAUGAAACGCUUUAAAAGGGUCGCCGAGUUUCGCGCUUUCUCCGCUUAAGGCCAGUCUCUUAAAAGUGAAUGCUCCUCGAUAGAAAGGAAGAAGAACGACGAGUCUGGCAAAAAGAAGAUAUGUAUAUUUAUAUGUACGAAGAAAAAGUAAAUCGAUACAGAAGAUAAUCAAACGUCGAAGGUCACAACAAUCGUACGUUGUAACACGAGAUUGCUCUUUCGUUCGAAUGAAGAGAUUAAUACGUCUAUAUUGGUCGUUAUCUGCAAGCAGAUAACAAAGAACAAACGAAUAAAUCGAUCGAUUUUUCGCGCGAAAAAUCGCAUCGGUAGAAAUACCGUUUGUUCCAAAGGAAGAAUUUCCUAACAAGAAAACGAUUACGAUGCCGGGCAUUUCCAACGUUCAGGAAGUAGUCGUAAAUACGCGAAGAUCGUAGUAGGUUGAAGAAAAGAAGUGGGAUAUAAAAAGAGAGAAAGACGAGUCGUUCGAAUGGUUAUAGUCGAUGGAAGUAUGACGAACGUCGACGCUUCGACUUCUUGGUGGGGUUUAUAGAAAACUACCAUCUCUCCUCCGUACGCCUGAAUCGUCGUUGUACUCUCAGUUCCGUUUAAAACAGAACAGAGAACGGUACGUUACAUUUUUUCGCCGUUUCUACAACAAAAUCUAAUAAUUUUUCUUCGCGUGAUAACUUAUCAAAGAAGCAAAACGAGCAAUGUCCUUCGAAUCGACCAUGCCAUUAUUAUUUUUUUUAACGUUGAUCGGUGGAAUCAUGGCGCAAUGUUUGACGGGAGAAGACAAUCCCGUUAUGAUGAAUCCACGUUCGAAAACGAUGCUCGACGAAGGUCGUUACGAAUUUGCUAUAGAUGCUUUAAAGAAGACCGCUGAAAUACAAACCAGCGACAACAUAUUCUUCAGCCCGGAUAGCAUUCACAGCGCCUUGACUUUAGCGUAUUUCGGGGCCCGUGGCAACACGGAGGCGUCCUUGAAAAAAGCUUUGCAUAUUCCAGACGAUUUAUCAAAGAUCGACGUGAUGAGAUACUACGCUUUCGAGAAAUCUAUUAAGCAAAAAAAAGAGGUAGGAAUGAUUCGGUUCAAGGAUAAUGGGUCAGCCAAUUACGAGUACAAGUCCGCCAACCGGCUUUGGGUAACGAAUGCGAGAAAGUUGCGCGAUUGCAUGCUCGAUUUGUUCAAUGAUCAAUUGGUGAAGGUCGAUUUUAAGAGCAAUCCAUUGGCCGUACGAAAGACUAUAAACGAUUGGGUCAGUAAUACCACGAAGGGUCAUAUUCGUGACUUAUUGCCAGAAGAUAGUAUCACGGAAGAUACGGAUCUCGUCUUGGCUAAUGCCGUUUACUUCAAGGGUCUCUGGCAAAGUCGUUUCGAUCCAGCAAAUUCGAAAAGAGAUAUCUUCUAUACACCUGGCUCCCAAAAUUCCGUAAUCACGUUCAUGCGCCAAAAAAAGACGUUCAAUCACGUCGUCUCGGAGGAGUUGGGUGCACACAUCCUUGAACUUCCAUAUAAAGGUCAAGAAAUCUCCAUGUUCGUCCUGCUACCACCUUUCGCAGCGGCCAGAUUUUUGAACGAUGGAGCGAAUCGGACCCAAGGAGACGGCGGUAUCAGGAACGUUCUCCAACGCAUCUCCACUGAGGCUGGUGCUACCGAAUUAAGAAUGCUUCUUGACGAUGGAAUGCCAUCGAGACAGGUCGAAGUAUCCUUACCACGAUUCGAAUUGGAAAGAGAGUUACCUCUGGUACCGCUUCUUCGUUCUUUCGGUGCUGGCGACUUGGUCAUACCCGGUGUGGCCGAUUUAGGAGAUUUCUUAGCCGACGGUGAAAAAUCACUUCAUUUGGGAGACGCUGUUCAUAGGGCUAAAAUCGAGGUCACCGAAGAGGGCACGACAGCGGCAGCAGCUACGGCGCUCUUUAGUUUCCGUUCGAGUAGGCCGUCCGAACCGGCUGUCUUUAAUGCUAAUCAUCCCUUUAUAUAUUUCAUCUAUGACAAACCAACGCAUAGUAUAUUAUUCUGCGGUAUUUAUCGCACACCCGGUGCACCGGCUUCAUCGGUACCUGCUUAAUAACGAUCUUACUGAGGAGAUAAACGUUCUUCAAAGUACGUGAUUCCUCAUUCUUUGUACUAGAUAGUUGGAGUGAUUGCGCGAAUGGCAUUAGUCGUCCGUGCUCGUAAAACAGCCGUGUUUACUUUUCAGCACGAUCCCUAGCAAGGAUUAAUAAGAAAGCCGAUAAAUGAGUAAAUGGAUUAAUGGAUGUACGAAUGAAUGAUAAUGCCUCGAAUACUUGAGUGCCUGUUUGAAUCAAUGAGUGGAUACGUGAUAUUAAAAAUUACAUAAUGUUUAUAAGUUUUGCUUUCAACCAAAGGUAAGCACAAAAACGAACAAAUUACAGAUUCAAUUUAUUACAUAGCUAUAUAUUUAAUUUGUAUUUUAUGAUACAAUGAUGACAAUUGGUUAACCAUGAAGGAAGAACCCAUGACUAAAAUAUAUACAAAAAGUUAUUUUGUAAAAUUAUACCUAGGUAGAAAGAGAUGCAUUCUGUGUUUUCAUCGGAUAUAUUUCUAUUUUAUAUAACUUAUACCGAUUACAGUUAUGUAAUAUUGCUAGCACAUCAUGCUUAGUUGGGCAAUUGACUAAAUUUGAAAGUGUGCCUGCAACAAUGCCACUGAUUUCUAUUAACAAUGUUCCGAACGAUCAAAUAAUACAUAUAUGUAACUUGUGUAUAUCUCUUUGCGACGAGAGAAACUAUAUUUAUUUUGUUUAUAAUAUCUAUAAUUCUUA